AUUGACAAGCGUGUCUCGGGUGGUAUUGCUGUUUGCCGCACUGUCUGCCCUAUGGGAAUGGGUGAACGGGAAGCCGUUUUAAAUGGUUGUUAAGCACUUCAUAUGUGUGUGUGAUAAUAAUAAAAAGAAUAUCUGUUUUGCGGCUAAUUAGUUAAUAAAAAAGUUUAUCUCAUUGCCAAAAAUAAUGAGUGCCUUCGUUGAAAAUACAGUCUCUGAGAUCCAGUGAUUCAUAAGGACAGACGGACAUGGCGAGAUCGACUCGGCUGUUGACGCUGAUCAAGAAUACAUAUAAAUACUUUAUAGGGUCGGAGAUGCCUCGUUCUACCUGUUACAUACAUUUCCUGCCGGCACAAAGUUAUAGGGUAGAAACCCUAUGGGUAGCGGCUAUAAAAACGUAUUUGUACCGAACUGUUUAUACCGUAGUUGUCAUAAAAAUAUACUUAUUUGAAACAUCAAGAUGCUAGCCACAAAAUUACCCCAAAAAAGCUUUUGGUCAAUGAGCUAAGCGUCUAUUUAAAAUUUAAGCAUGAUAACGAUUUGGAAUUAUAUUACCUGCAUUUCUGAUACUCCCAAGGUCCCGUUAUCGGCAUACGACAUCUACAGGCUGUGCUGCUCUUCCUGGCCAUUUGCGUCAAUUAUAUAGCCCGGCUAAAUGUGAGUAUCGCUGUUGUGGCCAUGACGGAUGCGGAGACAACCAAUUCGGAUUUUCCAGUAUACGACUGGACAGAGGCCGAGCGGUCCUACAUCCUGUCCAGCUUCUCUUGGGGCUAUAUUUUGACUCAGUUUCCAGCCGGAUUUCUGGUGCGAAUGUUUGGCGCCAAAGCUGUGUUAUUCAUUCCCACCUUGGCCUCGGCAGUGUUGAGCGCACUGACACCUUACUUCAUCAGCUGGGGCGGCUGGGUUGCGUUCAGUGUGCUUCGCAUCGUUAUGGGACUCUUCCAGGGCCUCAUAUUUCCCUGCAUACACGAGCAUUUGGCCAAAUGGUCGCCACCCAAGGAUCGCAAUCGUUUGGGUGUUAUCGCCUAUUCAGGUGCCGAUUGUGGCUCAGUGCUGGCGAUGGGCAUUAGCGGACUCAUUGCGGACAGUUCGAUGGGCUGGCCGGGCAUAUCGUAUGUCUCGGCGGGAUUGUGUCUCAUCUGGUGUGUACUUUGGCUGGUGUUUGGCUCCAACAAUGCGCCUAGCUCGUGGAUGGUCGGUGAAAGUGAACGUGAUUACAUUGAGCGUUCGAUGAAGCGAGAGGAUGGAUUCCAUGUACAGAAAAUACCGAUACCCUGGCGUGCAAUGUGGACAUCGGCGCCGUUCUAUGCAUUGCUCAUUGUGCGCAGCGCUCAGGGAUGCGCCUUCUCGACAAUGCAGCUGCAGACGCCAGCGUAUAUGCACGGGGUUCUGGAGAUGGACAUCAAGAGCAAUGCCUUGUUCUCGGCUUUGCCGUUUUUGGCCAUGUGGUGCAUGUCGUAUGUUUAUCUGGCCAUUGCGGAUGUGAUCAUGUCCCGUAAGUGGUUGUCGUUGACUACGAUGCGUAAGUCCAUCAACACGGUGGCGUAUUGGGGUCCGGCUGCGGCGCUGAUUGGCAUCGGGUUUUUGGACAAGUCGCAGACGGAAUUGGCCAUUGCUCUGAUGACCAUUAAUGCUGGCUUAAAUGCGGGCUCGAGCAUUGGCAGCCUUUUGACCAUCAUCGAUAUGAGCCCCAAUCAUUCGGGCAUAGUUAUGGCCAUUGUGAAUGGAUUUGGAAAUAUUAUUAACCUGCCAAACCCUUUGUUGGUGGGCGUCAUUGUUACGGAACCCAGCUCUCGAAGUCAGUGGCAAAUUGUAUUUGGCAUGACGGCCUUUGUCUUCAUCGUUGGCAAUCUAGUGUAUCUCAUUUGGGGCACCACGGACCAACAGCCUUGGGAUGCUGUGGACUUCUUGAAGCCGCUUCCCGACGCCGAACUGAAUCAAGAUGCAGUCUCUGACAAAAAACCAGAAGCAGGGCAUAAAGUGUUAGAGAAAACCAUGUGAAGCUCAAUUCAGCUUGGCGUCAAGUGCUUCGAACUCCACAUAAAACAAAUAAUUAAGAAUGCAAAUAAGUUUUUGGAUUUGUUUAUAAGCCAACAAGUUAUUCGAGUUUGUGGGAAUCCAUUUUUAAUUCUGGGACAAACGAGAAUUUUAUUAACCUCAGCCAAAUCGCAGAAACGAAACUGUUAACUAGAUUACUAAGUAUAGGGUAACUUCUAGUCGAUGCUCAAUUAGUAUUUACCCGAAUUGUUAAUUUGAUUAU